AGCAGACAAUUAUCGGCAGUUAUCUGACAUUGCCCAGUAGUCUUAUUACGUCAAUUAAAGUUUUAAGCUAAAAGACUAACGUUAUUUAAUAUGCUUCACGCACUUCCUAGAUCUUGUGUUCGGAGGAUGAUUACUGUCUCUCAACAUAUUAGGAACUCCUCUUCAACUUCUGAAGUUCUCAUGCAAGUUAAAGGGGAUAAGGCAUUGAUUACCCUCAACAGACCAAAGGCACUAAACGCCCUUAACUUAUCGAUGAUCAGACAAAUUUAUCCGCAACUUAGACAAUGGGAGAACUCAUCCAAUAUAAAAGCAGUAAUUAUCAAUGGGUCUGGAGAGAAAGCUUUUUGUGCCGGGGGUGAUAUAGUUGCAGUUACCAAUGCCGGUAAGAAAAAAGAAAAACUUGCAGAAGAAUUUUUUUACGAGGAAUACAAACUCAACAACCUUAUUGGUUCUUUGAAAGUUCCUUGGAUUGCUUUUAUAAAUGGUAUAACCAUGGGCGGAGGAGUAGGAUUAAGCGUACACGGCACCUUUCGUAUAUGCAACGAAAAAACAGUUUUCGCUAUGCCUGAAUGUGGCAUUGGUCUCUUCCCUGACGUAGGAGGUGGUUAUUUUCUACCGCGAUUGGCAGGUGAAACUGGUACCUUUUUAUCUCUCACUGGCUACCGUUUGAAAGGUACAGAUGUUUUGCAUUCGGGGGUUGCAACUCACUUUGUGCAUUCUAAAUUUAAUGAGGAGUUAUUAGAAACUUUAGUAACCGCUGAAUCUGGAAAAGAGGAAUUGAACAAGAUAUUUUGUGAGUUUCAAAAGAGAUCGGAAGGAGAAAUGAAAUCCGAUUUUAGCUUAGCACCACAUUUAACUAAAAUAAACACUCUUUUUAAUGCCAAUACUGUUGAAGAUAUAUUAAAAAAUCUAAAAGAAGAAGGAUCAGACUGGUCUAAAAAACAGUAUGAAACUAUUGAAAGAAUGUCUCCUUCAUCGUUAAAAAUAACUCUAAGGCUGUUAAGAGAAGGUAAAAGCUUGAGUUUGAUGGAUGUUCUGCGUAUAGAAUACCGGUUAAGUCAAGGAUGUAUGGCAAAUAAUGAUUUUUACGAAGGAGUAAGGGCCCUACUAAUUGACAAAGACAACAAAACAUCAUGGAAACCAGCUAAAUUAGAAGAUGUUACUGAUGAUAUUGUCAAUAGUUACUUUAAAGCUCUACCUGAAAAUAGAGAGCUUAAAUUUGAUAGUUAGACACUUUCGACAUCUAAAUCAAAUAAAGAUUUCGGAAGUAUCCCUCUACGUUUAUUAAUAGAAUAAAUAAUAAUUCAAAGAAAAUGUACGAUUUCUUUUUUUUUGUCUAUUUGAAACCUGGUAAAGAUGUUAUUCCAUCAUCAAAGUAAAUUCAAAUCUUAUGCUAUGCUAUCAAAAGCUUUCAUUUAAAGAUUAGAGUGAAAUAUCAAGUAGCUUUAUAAGCUCUUUAACAAAAAUAGCUCAUAAUUGCUAUCGCAACCUUCAAAGCUCAC